AUGCCCUCCGCCCCUGCACGCGGGCUUGCUCACCUGCCCGUGCACCGGGCUAUAGUCUCUGCCGUCAGAGUCUCGUCGCCGUCAUGCGUUGGUCUUCAUGACAAGAGCCGCUUCUCGGCCGCCAUCCAGCGCCGCCACAUCCACAACUCCGAGCGCAUGGCCAUCAGCUCCUCGGACCGCCGCACUAACACGGUUGCUGAGCUGCCCACGGUCGACCCUACCACCCAACCACCCAGCACCGAACCCAAGAGCGCUCCUCUGUCGGUUCUGCCCAUGACCAUGAUUGUCCGCUCCCUCCUCACCACCGUGGUCUCUUCUUCUCCCCUCCUCCUCCCUCCCUCGCUUCGCAUUAUGUCCCUCCUCGCCAACACCCAUAACCCGAUCCUCAACCCCGACAAGAACCCCCUCCUUCGCUUCUUCCUCAAGAAGACCUUUUACGCCCAGUUCUGCGCCGGCGAGAAGCCCGCCGAGGUUCGGGAAACCAUUUCUCGCCUCAAGAACAUCGGAUUCAGGGGUGUCAUUCUCGGUUAUGCCAAGGAGGUUGUCCUAACCGAGGAUCAGGCCAAGGCUGUCGCUGCUGAGGACCAAGGAAAAGAGACUGAUGCGGAUAUCGCUCACGAGAUUGAGCCUUGGGCUAACGGUACCCUCGAGACUGUUGCCCUUGCCGAGCCCGGUGACUAUGUCGCCCUCAAGUUCACUGGUGCCGGCCGCCUCGCACUCUAUCAGCUCUCUCAGAACAGCGAACCCUCCCCCUACCUGUACAAGUCUAUCGACGCCAUCUGUGCCCUUGCCCAGCAGCGUGGUGUUCGCCUCCUCUUCGACGCUGAGCAGGAUGCUCUUCAGGACGGCAUCGACAACUGGACCAUGACCUUUGCCCACAAGUAUAACACGUCUCCCGAGACUGCCACCGUCUAUGGUACCUACCAGGCGUACAAGAAGAAGACCCCCGCUGUCAUUUCUAGCCACCUGGCCGAGGCCCAGGAGGGUGGUUUCAGCCUCGGUGUUAAGCUGGUUCGCGGCGCCUACCUCGGAUCCGACCCCCGCCAAUGCUUCUGGGAGACCCAGGAAGGAACCGAUGCCUGCUACAACGGUAUUGCUGCCGGUGUCCUCACCCGCCAGUGGGGUCCCAUGGUCGAGGGCAAGGGUGAAUUCCCCAACGCCCACAUGGUUCUUGCCACUCACAACGUCGAGUCUGUCCGCCGCGCCCGUGCCAUCUGCGAUGCUGGUGGUGCCAAGUCUGGCAUUGCUUUUGCCCAACUUCAAGGUAUGGCCGAUGAGGUCAGUUGCGAGCUUGUCGAGGCCGGCAGCGCCAACAAGGCCUCUGAACUCCCCGUCUUCAAGUACCUUGUCUGGGGAACUACUGGAGAGUGCAUGAAGUACCUGCUUCGCCGCGCAAAUGAGAACAAGGACGCUGUCGGACGCACACGCAGCGGUCGUGAUGCUAUGUGGAGUGAGCUCGUUCGCCGAUGCAAGACAGCUGUCGGUCUUGCUUAA